AUGGCACGGAAACCGAAUUUCUCCCAACUUGAAAUCGAAACUAUUAUUGAGGAAGUCCAAAACAACAGUGAUAUCAUAAAUUCUUCCUUUUCAAACGUAUCGACGAAUGCAAGUAAGCAAAGACUAUGGAGUGGCAUUGCAUCAAAGGUGAGCGCUGUCAGCGGUGUUGAAAGGACAUCGGAAGAUGUUCGGAAAAAAUGGAGAAAUGUAUCUAGUGAUACUAAGAAGAAAUUGUCAAUGGCUCGGAGGGAAGCAAGGAAGACUGGCGGAGGAGUGUCAUCAGCGGAAGCGCUCACCAACACUGAGAUAAAGAUUGCUGAAACAAUGGGUCAAACCGCCGUUGAGGGAAUUCCCGGGGGAUAUGACACAGCUGCUUGCAGCACCCCUCAGUCUGUUGAUAUUGUCAAUGAAGAAGACAGUGAAUUACAAGAUCAAAGUCAAAGUACAUCCAGCCAAUCAACUUGCAGUCACGGUGAAUGUAGUAGGGAAUCCUCAUCCAGUGGUAUCCACAAGAGCUCCAAAAGAAAGAGACCCUCAGCCUUUGAUGGAGAGCAGGAUCUUAUUGAAAUAGAAAAGGAGAGAUUAGAGAUAGAGAAGAAGAGGUUGGAGAUAGAUGAAGAAAGACUGAAGAUAGAGGAAAGAAGAUGCCAUUUAGAGGAAGAAAGAAAUAGACGGGGAUUUCUCGUUUGUAACGAAAACAGAAAUGUAAAAUACUUUAUUUUACCUGCAGAGUUCAAUGAUUUCCAAAAAAAUUAUGUAAGUCUUAGUGCCAGAUGCUGUCUUGUCUCUCUUCCGUCAUUCACAAUUCCAUCAUAG